AUGUCUGAGAGCAGGGGCGCCAAGCCCGGUCCUGAGCCGGCGGACCGGGUCGUCAUCGGCAUCACCUUUGGCAAUUCCAACAGCUCCAUUGCCUACACAGUCGACGACAAGGCUGAGGUGAUUGCGAACGAGGACGGAGACCGACAAAUCCCGACCGUCUUGUCCUACGUCGACGGCGACGAGUACUACGGCACGCAAGCCAAGUCGUUCCUCGUCCGCAACCCUACCAACACAAUCGCCUACUUCCGUGACUUCCUGGGCAAGGAGUUCAAGUCGAUUGAUCCCACCCACUGCCACGCCGCGGCGCACCCCCAGGAUACCGACGGCACGGUGUCCUUUUCCGUCAAGGACAAGGCUGGCGAGGAGGAUGCCUCUUCAGUCUCCAUCAGCGAGGCCUCCACUCGCUACCUGCGACGACUCGUCGGCUCUGCCUCGGACUACCUAGGCAAGAAGGUCACUUCUGCCGUCAUCAGUGUGCCCACCAACUUCAACGACAAGCAGCGCGAGGCUCUGAUCAAGGCUGCCAACGAUGCCGACGUCGAGGUCCUGCAGCUCAUCUCUGACCCCGUCUCCGCGGUCCUGGCUUAUGAUGCUCGCCCCGAGGCCAACAUCCAGGACAAGAUUGUCGUGGUUGCCGACCUUGGCGGCACUCGUUCGGAUGUUGCCGUCGUCGCCUCAAGAGGCGGCAUGUACACCAUCCUGGCUACUGCCCACGACUACGAGUUCGCCGGUGUCCAUCUCGACCAGGUUCUGAUGGACCACUUUGCCAAGGAGUUCAUGAAGAAGCACACCACCGAUCCCCGAGAGAACGCCAAGAGCCUGGCCAAGCUCCGCCAGGAGUCUGAGGCGACCAAGAAGUCCCUGAGUCUGGGCAACAACGCCCAGUUCAGCGUGGAGAGCCUGGCGGAUGGAAUCGACUUCUCCACUACGAUCAACAGAAUACGAUAUGAGAUGGUCGGUCGCAAGGUCUUUGAAGGCUUCAACCGCCUGGUUGAGGGCGUGGUCAAGAAGGCUGGCCUGGACGUCUUGGACGUUGACGAAGUCAUCAUGUGCGGCGGCACCUCCCACACCCCUCGCAUCGCCAACAACCUCCGCGGCAUCUUCCCGGAGACGACCACGAUCCUCGCCCCUGCCACCAGCCCGAUCGCCAUCAACCCCUCGGAGCUGUUGGCCCGUGGUGCUGGUCUGCAGGCUUCGCUGAUUCAAGAAUACGAGGCUGGCGACAUUGAGCAGUCGACGCACCCCUGCGUCACGACCGUCAAGCACAUCUCCAAUGCUAUCGGCGUCGUCGCUGUCGGCGCUGAUGGCGAGGACGUCUUCACUCCCAUCAUGCAGGCUGAGACUGCUGUCCCCGCGCGCCGUAUCGUUCAGAUCGCUGCCCCCAAGGCUGGCGGCGACGUCUUGAUCAAGGUUGUUGAGGGUGGCACGCACAUCAAGGUCACGAAGCCCGAGCCCAAGGCCAAGCAGCCCGUCGAGAACGGCGACAAGGACGACGAGGACGACUCCGACUUUGAUUCGGACGAGGAAGAGGAGGAGAAGCGUGAGAAGGUUUGGAAGAUUGGCAAGCAGCUCGCCGAGGCUGCUGUCAAGGGCGUCAAGAAGGACGGCAAGGUUGAGGUCAUGAUCAACGUGGCUGGCGACCUUGCCGUCACCGUCACGGCCCGGGAGGUGGGUGGCAAGGGCGGCGUCCGCGGCAACCUGACUGCUCCUUAA